AUGGACACCUAUUACCAGCCGCCGCUGGAAGACGAGGACUCGGGCUUCGAUGGCAAGGGCGGCUACUGCCAGAGCUUCACGCACUCCCAUCACCCCAACUACAGCGAGGAGGACGACGGUCUCAUCAGU